UCUCUGCUCCAUUCCUAAACCUACAAUGGAUCUCCUUCUGUUACUUUUUUAAUUCAUCCAUGGAUUAGCAGCAUAUCUGAGGAAGCAGGUAGAAUCAGAGUGAUGUGCACAGUGCUGGGGGGAUCGGGGAGAUGGAGAAGCGGGAGACCACGUACCCUGUUCUGUGGGCAACUGGCGCCCUGGCUGUGUUACUGUGUGCCUGCUCUGCAUGCCCCGAGCCCUGCGAGUGCCCGCGCUUUCACCAAGUGCUCUGUGCCAACCGGGGGCUGCGCGCUGUACCUCACACUGAUCGGAAUGUUCGUACUUUUGGACUCGCUGGGAACUUUAUCAGUAACUUAACCCAUCUGGAUCUCUUCAACUUCAACCAGCUGACGAGCCUGGAUCUACAGUUCAAUCAGAUACAAACCAUCGAUCCACAUGCCUUUUCAAAACUGAUCAGUUUGGAGGAGCUAUAUCUGGGGCACAAUCAGAUCUCUGCGGUGCAACCUGGGACUUUUGAGUCAUUGAAGAAACUUACGGUUCUCUAUGGCAACAAUAAUAACAUCAAGGAUCUGACAGCUGAUACAUUUAAGAAUCUGGAGAGCGUCUUCAAGCUGAGGCUUGACAAAAACUUAAUCGAGCAGCUAAAUGAGUCCGUUUUUAGACUUUUGCCCAGUUUGAUGUUUUUGCACUUGGAGUCAAAUAAUCUGCACCAUAUUCAUAGUAGCGCUUUCUCAAAUUUGGAAAAACUUCAGUUUCUAAACCUCUCAGAUAAUAAACAAACAAAUCUCAGUGAUAUGUUUAUGUUCUCCAACCUGAAGUCCUUGAUGACUUUGCUGAUCUCUGCGAACCAAAUACGACACGUUAGCAAUCACGUGUUUGAGAACUUGCAUAAACUCACAAAGCUGUCGCUGAGUAACAACAAAAUUGUAAAGCUUGAUUAUGAAUCGCUUAAAGGACUCUCACGCCUAAGAGAGCUUAACUUUGACCACAACAUGUUAACGGAUAUUCCAGAAGGUUUACUUGAGCCGCUAGAGCGUUUGGAGCAUCUUGAUCUCAGCCAUAACCGGAUCAAACACGUUGACCCAGCUGCAUUUGGUCACCUUGCACACCUUAAGGUCUUAAACUUGAGCGACAAUCAGCUGGCAAGGCUGUCUGGUAGAGCAUUUGCCUCAAACUCUAAACUUUUUCAGCUGGACCUUAGUGGCAACAUGUGGACCUGUGAUUGUGGGCUGGAGAAGCUAAAGGACUGGAUGGUGAAGACCCACACUCAUGGAAAACUGCUGACUACCCUGGUCCGAUGCCACCAUCCUCCCACACUUAAGGGGAAAUAUUUGGAUUACGUGAACAUUACUGAGCUUCUGCGUGCAGGGAACAGUAGCAGUUACUGCCAAGUAGACCAAGAAGCACAAGUGGGGGAAGGUCAGGGAGGAAAAGUCAUCAAUGCUCAGUUUACAGAAGAGGAGAGGCUGAGAAGAGGAGGAGAUCAAACGAAAGACAAGAUGGUCUCAGAUUCUGAAGGAGGUCGCAAGAAACCCACAAGGAAGAGGAAGAAUGGGUUCAGGCCAAGGUCACGGCCUACAAUAAGUGACUCUGGGAAAACAAGCUCUUCCUUGGCCCUUCUUGGAACGCUGACAACCAAGAUCAUCCCUUCAACCACCGGAAACAGAACCAUCAGGGACCACCAAAAAGAUCUAACUGGAACUCAGAAAAUCUUAAAUUCUUUGCCUCAGAAGGAGGCAGAGCAUUAUGAAUUAAAAAGUACUGUGGGAAUGGAUGCUUGUCAGGUCAACCGCCACUACAUCUCAAACGUUAGCAUUCAUGACAUCUCUUCAGACACAGCCACAGUUUCAUGGAGCACAGUUGCUAACCUGCGCACAGUGCAGGGCAAAGCACUGAUGUUUCGUGUUCUGUUUGACCGCUUUGGUCAUGCUAUCCGUUUCCCACGCUAUGUUUACACAGACGGCGCCGCUAGAGUGGUGACACUUCAGGAGCUUCGUCCAGACUCUACCUACAUCGCCUGUGUGGAGAGUGUGGUGAGUGGGACAUUGUGCCAGGUGGCUCCACGAGAUCACUGUAUAGGUUUUGUCACAAUGCCGUUAUCAGGGAGAAGUGAAAUUAAGCUACAGUAUCUGACUGCUGCUGUACUGGUGGCCAAUGCGCUACUUCUCCUCUUUGUGGUGGGGGUCUGGCUGGGGCGCACGCUGCGGAGGUGGAUCAAAAGCAGAAAAUCAGCAGCGCACACCCACGUGCGACAUAUGUACUCUACGCGGAGGCCGUUUCGUUCUGCCAUGCCGACAACUUGUGUCUCCUCUGAAUUCAGUGGCUAUCAGAGCGGUCGUCCAUUGGCAGAGGAGGGUGACCUCAUUCAGUUUCCAGUUGAACGGUUUUUUGACAGUAGUUGUUCCCGUAGGGAUGAUGAUACCAUGAUGCAAAGGUUCUGAUGAGCUGAGGGGUUUUAUUAUUCAUAUCUUGCAAAUAUAAGAUGUUUGACGUAUAAGGUGUAUAAGAUGUAUAAGGUGCAAAUAUAAGAUGUUUGACUUUCAUGAGAUCUGGAUUAAAAAGAGAUGGGACGUAAGCCCUUAAAAACUACAGUUGCACUUUUACGGAGUGGCAAAAAAAUGCUGAACCCUAGAUGUUUGGGGGUGUUAUAAGAAAGAUUCACUAUGUAUGAGUCUAGUAAAAGCAGCAGGUAGGCAAAUAUAGUGCUAGACUUAUGAACUAAUAAUGUGGUAAUAAUGUGGUCUAUAAUGAACAUUGCAUUACAUUCAAGUAACCACUAUAUCAUCAUACCAAUUUUAACUUAACAGGCAUGCACAACAAGGACUUGUCUUCAGAAGUGGGGUUGCGAGUAAAAGGAAAGAAUCCUUAUUCUAAAAGUGGACUGAAAUAUAAAAACCAAGACAUGAAAGUGUGUGUUUAGUAGAGUGCGUGUAUAUGUGUAUGCUUCCGUGAGUAUGUGUGUGUAAUAGAGAGAGAGAAAGAGAGAAUGAGAGAGAGAUAUUUUCCAGUGUUGCAGUGAAAGUUAACUUUAAUUUGGAGGCACAACUACAACUCCUUUACAUUAUACUGUAUGUUAUAAAAAAUAAAUUACACAGUUAAAUAAUGUCAAUAA